AUGUUGCGUGUAGAAGAGAUCCAAGAGGCAGAAGAAUUGUGGAUAAAAGAUACACAAGUGAUGGUGAAAGGAAGAAAUAGUUACUCACAAAUAAAGACACAGCUUGCAGUGAUAGAAAUCAAUGGAAUCUUACACUGCCAAGGACGUCUUCAAAACACAACACUACCAGUUGAAAGCAAGUUUCCAAUACUGUUACCCCAGGAUAGCAGAUUUACAAGUUUGCUAAUUUCAGAGUGUCACAAGCGUACACGACACGGGGGAGUAAAUACAACAUUAGCGGAAGUCAGAAGCAAGUUUUGGGUCUUAAAGGGACGCCAGGCUGUGAAGCAACAAUUACGUCAAUGUAUGGUUUGCAAUAAGCGAAAUGCAAAGCCAUGUGCACCACCUCAAUCUGGACAGCUACCAGCAGAGAGGGUGGUUCGAGACAACCCGUUUAGUACAACUGGAGUUGACUUUGCAGGACCUAUAUAUUUGAAGAAUGAAGAGAAGGCAUAUGUUGCACUAUUCACAUGCGGCAUAACCCGUGCAGUACACUUAGAGCUCACAGAAGAUAUGACAGCCAAUGAAUUUAGAGGAAUGUUUCGAAGAUUCAUCAGCAGACGUGGAGCACCUGCUACAGUAAUAAGUGACAAUGCAAAAACAUUCCUUGCCACUGCAAAGCACUUGAAGAAGAUAUGUGUAGAGCAAGAAUUGCAGGAUUUUUUGUUGGCCAACCGCAUUGAUUGGCAUUUCAAUGUAGCUAAGGCACCGUGGCAAGGCGGCUUCUUUGAAAGAUUAGUUGGAAUAACCAAGACAGCAUUAUUCAAGACCAUGGGAAAGGCAAAACUAACCUUUAGAGAGCUGGAAAACAUCUUGAUAGAAGUUGAAGGAAUGACAAAUAAUCGACCACUUACCUAUCAAACAUCAGAUUUAGAGGAAGAGCCCCUCACUCCAAAUCAUAUGAUUCAUGGUCAUCGACUAGCAAUGAUAGGAGAUGUCAAGCAUGACAACGAUGCAGAUUUUGAUGACAAGAACGUGAACAAGAGAAUGAAGUUCUUGAGAGCUAAGCUAGAGCAUGUAUGGAAUAGAUGGUCAAAGGAGUAUCUUUUAGGUCUUCGUGAAUAUCAUCGCACGACUAAAGGAGGAGAAGUAUUACCAGAGCUUGGAACUUUGGUAUUGAUCAUAGAUACUACCAUUGAACGACGUUUCUGGAAGUUAGCCAAAAUCUCCAGUUACAUAAAAGGAAGAGAUGAUGUAGUUCGAGCAGUAAGAUUAGAUGCGGUAUCUCAAGGGCGGAAGAUUGUAAUGGAAGGAAAGACCACUUCAAGGAAUAUGCCCCUUAGAGAUAAAAGCACAAGUAGAAGAGCAAUAUACUCAGGAAAAGCAAGUUCAGGCAAAAGAAGUCAAGCCAAGAAGAGUAGCAGCUUUUGCAGCUGA